AUGAUUGUGGACUACAGGAAGAAGCGGCGAGAAUACCACGCUCCCAUUCUCAUCAACGGGUCUGCAGUUGAGGGAGUCAACAACCUCAAGUUCCUAGGGGUCAAUAUCAGCGAUGACCUGACCCGCAUCCAGCUGCGCUACGGGGCCAUCUGGACUCAACGAGCUGGUCGCGAAUUUGGCCUCCCUCAAGAGCUGGAGCUCUUUGACAGAGAGACGAUUGUUCAGGUCUCUGGUAAAUACCACAGCAACUACAUCUAUCAGAUAAAGUUUGUGACCUCCAGAGGGCGCUCUUUAUUCGCUGGCCAGCCACUCUAUGCCUCCUUUAACUUCUACGCUUCCCACCCGGACGCAGAGCUCAAACUGCUGAGUGAGAUCAAUCCUCUUAUGUUUAGAUGA